CGCCGCCUGCUUCACCGACGGACAUUCGCUUUGAACCCAAGAAUUGCAGCUUCUACAACCCGACCACCGCCGUCUGGGCGAACAUGAACGACGUGUUCGUCGGUACCGAAAUGGGCGACCUGUGCGAACGGAGCCCGGUGGCGUCCAUCGAUGGGCGAACGCCGGACGCGCUCGAUGUACACUUCAGCGACCAGGACGCAACGAGUUGCCGCGAUUCGGGAGGCAAACGUUACUACAACAUCACGAUCACGUGCGGGGAAAAUAAGUCACCGGAACGAACUGCGCCAUCCAACUGUCUCGUGAUCAUUAAGAGGCAGUCGCACGUUAUUUGCCCCUUUGUUGGACGACCAUACCCGGUACCGGCUCAGGGUAUUGGCGCAUUCGCCAUCAUCGCCAUCUGCCUGACGGUCGCAGCUACGGCCGGAGCGACCGGCUGGUAUCUCGUCUGGCGCCACCCGGAGCGUCGCCGCUGGCUCUACUCGACGGUGCUCUGCAGAAGACGCACCAUGGAUGACUUCCCCAGCACGGUCUACUCACGCGUGAAUAACAGUGAAGUGUCCAGCCUGCUGCUGAACGCCACCGUUUCGGAGAGCGACGACGACAUGCUGAUAUGAGCCGCGCACGUCGGCGACACCGAACGCAUCCGGUCGGCGGCGUUCGAACAUCUAUCCAGCAUCGGUGGUCUGUAUUGUUGCUUACUGUUUGUACGAUAGAGAAGUUCCUUACGACGAGCAAAUGAUACCAAGGAAGCGCGACUUUGCGAAGGAGAGUGUGCUAUCAUCGCGAUACUAUAGUGAGUCUAGUCGAGUGAGAGGUAGUGGUGUAGCGGCGCAACCAGACCGUGCCAUCGGCCGGUCACAGGUAACACAGGUUAGCGGCUAUGAUGGAGGCUAGGAUUGGUACUCCUUACUUAUU